GAGGAAAGUUCAGAUAGCGAUGGUGAGACCGAACCAGCUCGUUGUUUCCUUCGGAGACUUUCAACAAAAAAGGAAAUUGAACGUUUGACCUCCAUAAAGGAAGGUUAUCUGCAUAAACAAAACAGCUCCUUCCAACGCCUCGUCAAACGAUAUUUCAAGUUGCACGCUGGCUCCCUCUACUACUCCACCGAUAACAAAUCCACAAUAUUCAACCAAAUCGCUCUCAUAGACACGACAAUUGCAGAGUGUAGUCUGAAAAAUAUCAACCACAGUUUUCAGGUGAUCACGCCAUCUCGCAAUUUGAUAAUAUGCGCUGACAGUCGAAGAGAGAUGGAGGAGUGGAUGGGUGCCAUCAGGUCUGCCGUGGCCAGAGAUAUAUCUCCGCCCGCGUUGAACAUGACCCUACAAAGACACAACUGGUGCGUCCUGCCGACCAUCCGACCCACGUUCUGUAACGUUUGUGGCGAAUCACUGCAGAGUGUCUCCAGAAGUGGAGUUACGCUGCACGGACUGGCUUGUGAAGUCUGCAAGUACAGAACGCACAAGAGAUGUGCCAUAAAGUCUCACCCAACUUGCAAGUGGAGCACUCUGGCCUCUAUGGAACAUUCCAUCGUCGAGGAUGCAGAGGGGAAUCUUUUGAUGCCUCACCAAUGGCAAAUGGGCAACUUUCCAGCAAAUUCGAAAUGUCUGGUCUGCAAGAAAUCUUGUGGGAGCAUGUUGAGGCUGCAAGACCUGUCUUGCCUUUGGUGCCAAGCAACUGUGCACAGUGGUUGCCAGCACAAGACACCUACAUGCAACCUUGGUCCCGCCCACGUAUCCAUCCUGCCACCUACUUCCAUUACAAUGAUGGACGAGGGUGGCUUCUGGAGAGCCCAGAAACCUUCCGACAGCAGCCCUCUGUUGGUCUUUCUCAAUUCUAAAAGUGGUGACAGUCAGGGUGUCAAAAUGUUAAGAAGAUUUAAACAGUUGUUAAAUCCGGCUCAAGUUUUUGAUCUGAUGAAUGGAGGACCAAGAACUGGGUUGAGACUUUUCCAGAAUUUUCAAACAUUCCGUGUGUUGGUGUGUGGAGGAGAUGGAAGCAUGGGUUGGGUCCUCAAUGAAAUCGACAAACUUGGUCUGCACGGACAAUGUCAACUUGGGAUUUUGCCAUUGGGUACUGGCAAUGAUCUGUCAAGAGUUCUUGGUUGGGGUGCUUCCUUUGAUGACGAUACCCAACUUUCUCUGAUGCUGGAGAGGCUGGAAAGAGCCCAAAUACAAAUGUUUGACAGGUUCGUCCAAUGUGUCUGCAAUCUGUCUUUGUCUGUUUCGUGCUCUGCUACGAAACCGACGCCAGACAUUCAAGAAGCAUUCCAGUUAAUAGAACCGAUUGUUGCAUUUGAGGACACGGCAGCCGACCACCUAUCCAGAAUCUUGCAUUCUCAGAGUCAUAACGUUGUCAUCUCUUCUGCUAUGGUGCUUUGCAGUAUUGUGCAAGAAAUUGUCUCAAAAGUGGCAUCCACCAUAGAAGUUCUGGAGGGGGGAACAACAUCUGACGAUUCACUGGCCUACAAAUGUAUGAUGCUCAACGAUAAGAUGGAUGCAUUGCUGAAGACGCUCGCUAAAGAAUCCAGUCUUGAACAGGGAUUAAUUGAAUCAAAGAAUUGCUCAAAACAGCAACACCAUUCUGACAAACAACUAGAUCAUUCUCAACCUGAUCAGCAGACAGCCUACAGGUCGAAGGAGCAGUUGAUGUGCCGGGCCAACAGCUUGAAGAAGGCUAUCAGAAAUAUUGUUGAAGUUACUGAGAGAACUGUAGAUGAACAAAACCAUCAGACGAUCUGUUUCAAUAUGGAAAAUUACAAGCGGUCACUGAUGAACAAAUCUCCAUCAUCGUCACCUUCACCCAUUCCACUGACAAAACCGAACGUUGAGAACCUAACAUUCACAUCACCCACCAUCCGUUCAUCUCCUGGAAACAUUCCUACUGCAACUUCUGUCGCCACCAUAAAUGAUGACUCAGCACAGGCAGCCACUGCCAGCCAGCAGAAUGAGGUCAUCUAUGGAGAUGCUGGAACGACGUGCACGUGUGGGGGUGGGAGUCAUGGUGGCAGCAAGGAUCUUUCAUUCCCGCUGUUGAACGUUCCGCUUCUGCAUAGUCAACCUAGUCGUGACGAUUUCUAUGAGAAGUGCGUCAUGAACAACUACCUCGGCGUCGGCCUUGAUGCCAAGAUUGCCUUGGACUUCCAUAACAAGAGGGAGGAACAACCACAUAAAUGCAGGAGCAGAACAAGGAAUAUGAUGUGGUAUGGUGUACUUGGUGGCAAGGAAAUCCUACAGAGGACUCACAAGAACCUGGAUCAACGGGUGAGGUUGGAAUGUGAUGGCAAGCUCAUUCCACUACCCAACUUGCAAGGAAUCGUUGUCCUUAACAUACCUAGCUACAUGGGGGGUACAAAUUUCUGGGGUGGCAGUAAAGGGGAUGAGUUUUUUCUUCCUCCGUCAAUCGACGACAAGAUCCUGGAGGUGGUGGCAGUAUUUGGCAGCAUCCAGUUGGGCAUCUCCAGAGUCAUCAACCUGCAAAGACAUCGUAUCGCUCAAUGUCACUCAGUGCGCAUAACAAUUAUUGGAGAUGAGAAGAUGCCCGUGCAGGUUGAUGGAGAGGCGUGGCUGCAGAAUCCAGGUGUCAUCUGGAUUCAACACAAGAACAGAGCCCAGGUCCUCAUCAGACAUAGAGCUUUUGAAGAAACCCACAAAACAUGGACGGAGAGGAAUAAA